AUGGUUGCAAAGUGGCUCCUGACGACCGUCCCUUAUUUGGCGAGACAGAUGGCAAGCCGCAUCGGCAGGCUAUUCAAUGGUACGCAGAUAUGCUCCAAGGUCGUAUGCCAUCUUGGCCUCCAGCCCGCGAACAAGAUUGCCAAGACAAUAACUCCGACAACACUCGACUUAAAAGAGAGGUUGGCAUGCAAGACUCCGGUAUCGCAAAAUCGACAAGCCAGCUGGAGCGGAAAAGAGAAGCAGCCCCUUUACUUGAAGAUGGAAGACCUACCUCUGGGUACCCAAGAAGAGUCUGAUCGCCACAGCGCGAUUCGACUAUGCACUCUGUUCAACCAGCACCAAUCAAGCAUGCCUCCUCGCGUCCGAUCCAGCCUGCUUCAUCUACUCAAGACCGGCCAGUUCCAGCACAAUUCACAGUCAAUAUUCCAACCAUUCAAGCACCAACUCAGCAUUCAUAUGUAUGAUGAGGAGGAAGGACAGGCCAAUUGGAUCAAUGUCACCUAUGAGAGAUGGUUCAUUCUCAUCGGUGUGUAUGGUUGGAGCAUGUUGAGAGACUACGCAGAUGGCAUCCGAAAGGCUGUGGUAAUGCGUUAUGGAGAGCCCCUCGACGGUGACUUGACAUUCAAGAACUCUUCGGAUAAUAGCGGAAGUAUCCGAUGA